UGGCCGGAGAAACCCCAAUUAGAGCCAGCGAUCGAGCCAAACACUUUUCUUGCUCGCCAAACUUCUGACCUAUGACCUAUGACCUAUGACCUAUGACCUAUGACCUAUGACCUAACGCUUCGAGGACUUUGCGUAGUCUCUCUCAUACUUCCUACGGGUUGGUGUGAAUUCUAGUCUUCAGUAAACUUAUAGUACAUAACGUAUAUUUCACUGGCGAUGCGAUGGCGCUUCCUCUCGGGAAGUUAGCAGUUCUCGUCGGCGCGGGUCUUGUUGGUUCCGUUCUUGCAAAAGAGGGGCGAAUGUCAAGUGUUUCUGAUUUUGCAUCAGGCACGCUGAAGAUAUUUUAUAGGCAACUUAGACGAGAUGAUUCAAGUUCAACUCCUUCGGUUAAGAAGCCAAACAACAAUGCUUUGUUGGAACAGGUUAAUGUCCUUCGGCAGGAGCUGCAAAUGAUAACGUCUAAUCAACCAAUUACAAUUAUAACAUCAAGUGGGACAGGUGCAAGAUAUGGUUUAAUUAUUAUUAUUGUUGUUGUUGGAUCUGGCUAUGUUUGGUGGAAGGGGUGGAAACUACCUGAUAUGAUGUUCGCAACAAGGCGUGGUUUAUCUGAUGCUUGCACAUCCAUAGCCAAACAGCUGGAGAAUGUUUAUUCAUCCAUCUCGGUUACAAAGCGGCAUUUAUCUUCAAGAAUUGAUCGUGUGGAUGCUUCUUUGGAUGAGUUUGCAGAAACCAAUGCUCGCACUGAAAAUGAGGUGGUUGUAGUGCGAAAAGGAUCCGAAAAGAUAGGGAAAGAUGUCAGGAGUGUUCGUGAUGCAGUUGUAACUCUGGAAAGUAAAAUACUCCGAAUAGAAGGGAGACAGGAUGAAACAAACAGAGGAGUAAAGAAAUUGUGCACUAUUGCCAUGACUCUGGAAAAUGGCAAACCGCCAGAGCGUAUCCAGGCUUCAACAUCCAACUCUUCAAGUAUUUCUCUUGAAUUACCACCAGUCACAACCCCAUCAAGGAGUGGAUCUCUGCCUUCGGCUUUAUCACUUGAACCACUGUCUCCCGCUGUUUCUAAAGGAUCUCUUGAGGGUACCAAUGGAGCAUCAGAAGUGGUUGAUGGGUUCAGCACUCCUAGUCCUGGGCUCCUUACUGGGUUCAGUGCCAUAGAAGACACAAACAAUGGUUCUUCAAGUUCUGGUUUGUUUGGGUUCAGAGUUCCUGGUGUCAAUGCUUCACUUCUUACUAGAACACGCAGUGCGAUUAAUGCAGUGCCGCAGCAAUGGCGUUUAAGUAGACAGCAAUCUUGAGAAUCGAAUUCAUUGAACUUCAUGAUAUGCAGCUUUGCUCUUUGGGAGAUUUUAAAGGUUGUCCGGAACCUGUGCCCCUGAAAGAUCCAAUAUAGGUGAUGGUGCCCAUACCAAAUUUAUUUAUGGAGAUAGACUGGGUACUAAAUUUUGUAGAUGUGCUGUGUAUGUUAGAAGUUUUAGUUUGUAUCAUUCUUGAUGCAUGUAACUUCAGUUAAGAGGUUCAAAGACGGACAGCGGGGGCGGUGGGGAAGGUAAAUAAAGAACAUAAAGAUUGAGGACUGUCUUGAUUACUAGUGGACUGAGUAUUUUGUUUCUCACUUCACUCUUACCUUUACAAGAACAGGAUUGAAAUAACGGAUCCAAAAUGCAUGGA